AUGUUCAAACGUGUCGAGAAGCGCAUACGCAGAAAAGAAAAGGAAGAAGAGCUUGGCAUAGACGACGACAUGAAGGAAAUGCUCGGCAUGAACGACACAGACUCAGACGAGUCUGACUCUUCUGACUCUUCUGGCUCUGACAACGGAGGAGACGUGCCUGUGAGACCAGAGGUGGAGAGCAGGGAGGAGGGGGAGGAGGGGGAAAAUAGUAUGGCGGAAGAAGACGAACUUUCGGACGACGAUCCGGAGGACGACAUUCCACCUAUGAAGCUUUCACGAGCUCUCCAAAAUCCGCUGUAUCUCGUCCAAGAGGAGCCUGAAGUGCAAGGAUGCAUCAUAUGUCCUAGGAAGCUCUUCAAGAAUUCUGUCAUGAUCGAUGUGCACCUCAAGUCCAAUGCGCACACGAGACGGUUCUCUCGCUUCAGAGAUAUUGCUAUGGAUCAUGACGCGGAAACAGACGUCCGCGAGAUUUUGGAUGGCGUACUCGUACUACCCCAGCCAGAGAAACAAUCCACGGAGGGUGAAUUGUCGAAACGUGCGCUGAAGAAAAAAGCCAAGUUGGAGGCGAUCAAGGUGAAGAAAACAAAGCAAAGGGCCAUGAAGGCUAAGCACAGGACAAAAAGGGAAGCGAAGGCAAAAGCGGAGGGUGCUGCCGGGUCGGACGCGGAAUCCAAUAGCGAGGACGAAGCUGCGCCCGAUCCUCCUCCGAAGAAAUUCAAGGCCAUCCACACAACAGACGUCGACUCACGGGCACCUCAGGUCAAACAAAAGCCACAUGACGAGAAGCUGAACGCACGGAAACGUCGCCCUCGACCUUUACAGCACGAAAAAGCGGCUCCGAUGAGCCGAGCGAUGCCACCCAACCCGUCUCUGGCAAAACAGGUUACCACCAAGGGUGCCUCUAUAGCAGCAGUUAUUGUCCGCGAAGAUAAGUUCCAUAAGUAA